UCCUUCCCCGCUGUCCGCAGUGGCCGGGAGGCUCCUUCCACGGGGCACGGCCGGGACCCCCCAGGGCCGAGGCAGCCGCGGGCCGGGCACGGACCCUCCGGCGGGCAGCGCCACCGCCCCCCCGCUCCCCCCUCCCCUCUCCGCCGGGAGCAGUGAGGGAACUGAUGGCCUAGAAAAUAAGCAGCGCUUCUGAGGUGGUACAGCUGCCGCUCCCGCGCUGCCGGUCGUUCGUCGUCCCCCCCCCACCCCCGCCGCCUUUCCUACACCGUUUAGGACUUCUCCGCGUCUGUCCCCCUCUUGCACUUUUUUUAAAAAAAAAUUAAUUUGCUGCCCCCCCCCCCUGCAGUCCGAGGUGGUCGCGGAGGAGGCGAGGCGCUCCCAGCCCUUCAUGCGCGGUGCUGGGCUCCCGGGGAGGAGGCGAGCGGGGGGCGAGCUCCGCAGGAAAUGCUGGCGCUGCGGCGGGGAGCGCCCCCGGCCCCCCGCGCCCCGCCCGCCCGCCUCUGACCGCCGCCGCGGGGGUCGCUCCCGGCCCCUGCCCGCCCGGGAAUAAGCCCCGGGGGCGGGGGGGCGCCGCGGGAGGUGCGCGGGGAGGCCCGUCGAGGCCAUGGCCGGCGGCGGGGCGCGCAGCCCGGGCUGCAGCGGGCGCUCCUCGCCGGCGGGGCGGCAGCCCGGCACCCCGCGGGGCGGCGGCGGGGCGGCGGCGGAGGGGGGGCCGGCCUCCCGGGCUGCGCUGCCGCCGCUGCGAGAGACCUGGCGCCGCCGGAAACUUUCCUCGGCGCUGUGCGCCGGCUCCCUCUCCGUGCUGCUGGCCCUGGUGGUGAGGCUGGUGCGGGGGGAGCGCGGCCGGGAGCUGGCGGCGGAGGGCGGCGCGGGGCCGCGGGGCUGGGGCUGGCUGCCCCCCGGCGCCGUGCCCCUGGGUCUGGCCGGCGCCUUCUUCGGCGCGGGCCGGUACCUGCUGCGCGGCGGCGUGCGGCCGCGGACGGCGGCGCUGCUGCUGGCCGCCUGCUGCGGGGGGGAAGCGGUGGCGCAGACGGCGCUGGCGGCGGGGGAGGAUCACUUGCUCUCCCUCGCCGCCACGGGGGUGGUGCUGAGCUGCCUGGCCGCCGUGACAUGGCUGGUGCUGAAGCUGAGGCAGGGCGUCCUCAUGCUCGCCGUGACUAGUGCGGCCAGGACCACGUCCCUCGUCGCCUUGGAGAGGGUCCCGGCGUCCUGGCGGCCCUACCUGGCCUACCUGCUGGGGCUGCUGGGCAUCCUCCUGGCCGGCUACGCCGACCGGCUCUGGCCCCCGCGGCGGGCCGCCCCGCUGACGGAGCCUCCCGCCGCCCCCCCGGCCGCGGACGAAGCCCCGGUGCUCAGGCGGCGGCGGCGGUCCAGCUCCAUGAUCUCCCCCGAGAUGUCGGGCGGCGGCGGCGGCAGCAGCAAGACCCACCGGCGGACCUCGCUGCCUUGCAUCCCCCGGGAGCAGCUCAUGGGGCACUCUGAAUGGGAUCACAAACGAGGACCCAGAGGCUCACAGUCUUCUGGUACCAGUAUCACAGUGGAUAUUGCUGUCAUGGGAGAAGCACAUGGGCUCAUUACAGACCUUCUAGCAGAUCCGUCGCUGCCCCCCAACGUGUGUACUUCACUGAGAACAGUGAGCAACCUGCUUAAUACGCAGUUAACUUUCCAGGCCAUCCACAAGCCAAGGGUGAACCCUUUGGUGUCCUUCAGUGAGAACUACACCUGCUCCGACUCAGAGGAAUGUCCGGAGAAAGGAGAGAAACUAGCUAUUCCCAAGCGCUUACGGAGAAGUUUGCCUCCAGGACUGCUGAGGCGAGUGUCCUCAACUUGGACCACAACAACAUCAGCCACAGGACUACCAACACUGGAGCCAGCUCCAGUAAGAAGGGAUCGUAGUGCCAGCAUCAAACCUCAUGAAUCAUCUUCAUCCAGCAGUGACUCCUGGAACAGUUCAAUUCUGAUGACAAUCACGAAGAGCAGGUCCUUCUCCACCUCCUACGCCAUGUCUUCUACCAACCACCUGAAUGCCAAAAGGCAGAGCCGACAAGGUAUUCCACCAAAUAUUUCACCUCUCACCUCCCCAUGCCACUCACCAAUUCAGGGGACACCGGCCACAAGUCCUACUGGAAAAACAUCUUCAGUGUCAUUUCCAGACUCUACCGAUACUGACACCAAGCAAGGCUUAAAGCCACACAAAGUCUUGACUUCUACUCAGAGUGCACCUAGCCUGUCAGACCCUAUUAUCAGCCCUUCUGUCAUCUGCAGCAGCUGUGGCAGGCCCUAUAACCAAAUAGAAGCUGGUGAUGGGACACUAGAUAGAAAUGAUGGUACCACACACACCCUGAACAGAACAGAUGAUCCUGCGCAAGCCACUUCUGACUAUGAGACCAACAACAGUGAUAGCAGCGAUAUCGUUCAAAAUGAUGAUGAGACAGAUUGCUCCAAGGAGCAGAUGCGGAAGGGAUCCAUCUGUAGGACAUACACGCCUGAGACCAUCAUUCUGCAUCCCUUGAUACCACCUGAGGACAAGCCUGUACUUGCUCCUGAGCCUCUGGUUAUGGACAACUUGGAUCCCCUGAUGGAGCAGCUAAAUAGCUGGAACUUCCCAAUCUUUGAUUUGGUGGAAAAAAUCGGAAAGAAAUGUGGUCGGAUUCUCAGUCAGGUAUCAUACAGGCUUUUUGAAGACAUGGGGCUGUUUGAAACCUUUAAAAUACCAGUAAGGGAAUUUAUGAACUACUUUCAUGCCUUGGAAUGUGGAUACCGAGAGAUACCUUAUCACAACCGAAUCCAUGCAACUGAUGUCCUACAUGCUGUUUGGUACCUUACUACUCAGCCCAUCCCAGGACUCCCAACUGUGAUUAAUGAUCAUGGGUCAGCAAGCGAUUCAGAUUCUGACAGUGGAAUCACUCAUGGCCAUAUGGGUUAUGUGUUUUCGAAGACAUACACACCUACAGAUGACAGCUACGGAUGCCUAGCUGGCAACAUCCCUGCCCUUGAAUUGAUGGCUCUUUAUGUAGCUGCAGCCAUGCAUGAUUAUGAUCAUCCAGGAAGGACCAAUGCCUUUUUGGUAGCAACAAGUGCUCCUCAGGCAGUGCUGUACAACGACCGGUCUGUCCUGGAGAACCACCACGCUGCUGCUGCCUGGAACCUUUUCAUGUCGAGGCCAGAGUACAACUUCCUGGUCAACCUUGACCACGUAGAGUUCAAGCAUUUCCGCUUCCUUGUCAUUGAGGCAAUUUUGGCUACUGACCUAAAGAAACACUUUGAUUUUGUUGCCAAAUUCAAUGCCAAGGUGAAUGAUGAUGUUGGAAUUGACUGGACUAAUGAAAAUGACCGCUUGCUGGUUUGCCAAAUGUGCAUCAAACUGGCUGACAUAAAUGGGCCUGCAAAAUGCAAAGAUUUGCAUCUGCAGUGGACAGAAGGCAUUGUCAAUGAAUUUUAUGAACAGGGUGAUGAAGAGGCUAGCCUCGGCUUACCAAUCAGUCCUUUCAUGGAUCGUUCUGCUCCUCAGCUGGCACACCUCCAGGAAUCGUUCAUCACUCACAUUGUGGGACCACUAUGUAACUCCUAUGACUCAGCAGGGCUGAUGCCAGGAAAAUGGAUAGAAGAUAGUGAUGAAUCAGGAGACACUGAUGAGCACGAUGAGGAAGAAACAGCAGAAAUGGAAACUUGUGAAAAUGCUGAAUCCAGAAAGAAAAAAUUCAAGAGAAGGAAAAUCUACUGUCAGAUAACUCAGCACCUGCUUCAGAACCAUAAAAUGUGGAAGAAAGUAAUUGAGGAUGAAGAGAGGUUAGCCGGGACAGAGAAGCAAGGCGCAGAGCAAUCCACGCUGCACCAAUCUUCAGAACAAAUCCAGGCCAUCAGGGAAGAGGAGGAGGAGAAAGGGAAGCCCAAGAGCGAUGAAGAGGAGAACACAACUGUAGAACCAAACCAAUGACAAUAUUUACAGCAGUAUUUUAAGACAGAUUGACUCGUGCACAGACUCUUUCUCAAGCCAGCACAGCAUUUAGACACAACACUGUAGAAGUACGGGAUAAUGCGCCUACAGCUGUUUAAUUUGUUUCUCUUUCCUUUUUAUGGUGAGGUACAUUGUUUAAACUCCUAUGCUCAAGGAAGCUUUCACACUGCAACACCGGCUUUUACAGAGUUUCUUUAAAGAGGUUUGGGGGGUGGGUGGAAUUAUAUAAAUAAAUAUAUAUAUAUCUAUAUAUAUAUAUAUAGAUAUAGCCAGGGUUAUUGGCUGCGCACUUCAGCAAAAUGCAUUUAAUGAUAUAUUAUGGUCACUGUGAUAUUUACAGAAGAAAGUUAUCUAAGGAAAUGCUGCUUCUAAAGCACAUUUGCAGUUACCAGUAAGGUACCAGUUAAGUAGCUUUUGCUCUUAAUGCUGAGGGAUAAAGUUCCAAAGCUUUAUAUGAAUGCUGAUAUAUCCUGCCAACAUAUAUGUGUGUGUGAGGGAAUGUUUUCAAGUGUGACUGGGUGUAAUGUCAUAUAGCAUAGUUUGAGUUCUUAUUACACUAGCUGUAGCACGUCCCCAUACACGACAACAAACAGAAGGCCUGAAUUUUAGAGAAUUUGUGCCCACAAGGGGAUCGGAGACCAUUUUGAGGAGCUUUGCAUUCCCCAUAGCCCUCCAAGUCCCAGUUUGCACUCCAGCUGCAGGCAGCAGCCUUUCAGCAGGGGCCGGAGUGGCCUGGGAUGCUGACCUGGCCCCAUCUGGCUGUAUGGGCUCCUCCACCUCAUUCUCUUCCUCCUCUUCCUCCUCCUCGGCACUUCCCAGACUGCUGGUGAAAGGGAUAUGCCAAGAAAUUUAUUUCUCAAUGGGAUUUAUGAGGGACUGUGUGGCAUGCUGGUCUGUUCCCCUUGAGAGGACCUGGCCAUCUGUAUACUUGUGAGUGCGUGAAUGGCUGCGUGGGGUGGCGUGUGUGUUUGGGCAGGAAAGAGUAUAGAGCAAAUAUGUGUACAUACUCAGAAACUAGAAGCAUACUGUCAUCUUCCUCCAUUACCUUAUGCCUCCAUGCAUCAGUGGCCAAAUGUAUAAUCUAAGAACAAAGCUAAACUAUAUCUCUUGAGAGCAAAAGAAGAGGAGAGUGUGGGCCGUGCCCUUCCUCAGAAUUAAAGGCAAAUGAUGCAUUAGGAGCAGCGUGGGGGACGGGUGCCAGUCCUGCAUCGGUCGGACACUCGUAUGUCUCAGCAACCACUCAUAUGAGCUUCAGAGAACUUGGUUUUUCAGUGCGAGGUGCUGGAUAGGAGCGGUUUGUUCCUGGCAUUCUGCUUAGAAGCAGUGUGUUUGAUCCCACCUGUAUACUUUUUUUCUUUUUUCUUCUUUUUUUUUUUAUUUUUAAGAGAAAGGAAAAGAUAAGGCCUGUAAGAAAAGCAGAUCUUUUUUGUUGUUGUUGUUCUGUUUAUUUGUUAUCUCUGUUGUUUAUGCUGUGAGCCAAAUGUCUAUUUAAAAGGUUGAAUAUUCACUUUCAAUAUUUUAUUUCACAAUAUUAUAUUUGUCAAUGAUUAGCUAUCUGGAUGUAAAUAUGGAAAAAUUUUUAUGGGUUCCUGUAGAUAAUGAUAUCUUUAAGAAAAAAAAAAAGAAAAAGAAAAAAAGGGAAAGGUUUUUUUGUAAAGCUAAUUUUUUAAAAAAUAAAUACAAAAACCUUUUUAUACAGUGUAGCCAUUUCCAAACCCAACAAAUAAAGUCUUGAGUAAUUUGUAUAGACCCUUCUGGGAAGCCAGUGGUCUACAGGAUCAAGGCUUUAAAAUAUUAAUGCUCUUUGGGACUGGCAGCACCAAGCAGUACCACACAAUUUAGAGUUUUGUUCCCCAAAAAGAAUUAUGUAUAUAAAGUUCACUAUUUCUCAAAAAUUGUUUGACUACAUAGGCUUUUUAUAUUUUGAUCCUGCAGCCCCUUGCCAAGAAGAGGAUUGCUUGUAUGAGUAAGAAUGGUUGUGAAAGGCAGAAUUUGUGUUAAAUUUAUGACAUUGCAUUCAUCACUUUUUGCUAUUGUUACACUUUCACCAUAUUCAUGAUCCUAUUAAUACCUCUCCAAAACAUUGGAAAAUAUUCUCUAUCAAAGGCAAUCAGUGUAUGUGUUAUCACUUCAGAGUUUCUUUUUGCUUUGCAUUUCUUUUAAAGUGAGCUUUUGCUCAAAACAGGAUUUCAGUUUCUUACAGUUUGUAUUUGCUUGUUACCAUCCCAUGCUAUUCUUAUCAGUAGAGAAACUGUUUGCCUUUCAAAAGAGUGACUCUAGGGUAUGGCUCUGACUGCUGUUAUCGGCAGAUAUAUUUAGUAGUGUUUUUCAGUGAAAUCAGAAAAUUGAAGAUGCAAAUUGCACUAUUAUUUUAAAGGGAAAGGAUAUAGCAGAAUUCAUUCAAACAAAAAAAAAGAUGGCUUCAAGAUCUCAGCAAGUCUCCACCAAUUCCAGCUUGCACUGUUUUCACACCUCUUCUGUCACUUUGAUUAAUCGUUUUAUUUGGGGUUCUCUUGUACAAGUGAUAUGCAUACCUUAUAGUAUGAGAAGAGUUUAUUAUGCCUCAUUCUGUCCUUUAAAAAUUAAACUUACAGAGAUGCUUUAAAAUGUCACAUCUCCCAGCACUUUCUUCUCUAUUUUCAGUGCAUGAACACAGGGACUGGAUGUUUUAUAUUGAUUUUUGUAUUGCCUUUGCUAGAAGAAGAAAAAAAGAAGUUAUUGCAGAAAGUGUUGGUGGGUGCCCAGUCAGUAAAAUUACAAAGAGGCAUUCAAAAAUAAGGCAAAAUCCUGUGAGUGGAAUUCUACAUACUCGUCAAAGCAGGCAUACACAGGGUCGAACUAAGAAAAACUAUCCUAAAAAUGUGCUAAAAUUUAAUUGUUAUAUUUUUUUACUCAUCAUUUUUGAUUGCCAUUAGGUAAAAUCAGUGUCAGCUUCUAAUUUAUGAAGAUUUCUUUCUAUAUUGGCAAUGCAGCUGUCACAAAUUGUUACUAUGUUGCUACACAAGCCAGUUUGUGAGUACGGUUUGAGUAACUCAAGCCUUUUACAGUGAAGGAAUUGCUGACAGGCUUAAAAUCAGAAUAAUCAUUGCUUUUAUCCAAACUAGAAGGGAUACCACUGAAGAAGCUAAAGUAGCUGGCAGUUAUGAACUUGGUAGGAGGUGACUUUUUUUUCAUUCCAGUUAUUAAUGGAAUCCAGUCUCUGCAGGUGUCAGCUCCUUAUGAAUCUGACUUCUCAGUCUUUGCAGUGCAUUUCUGGCAGGCAAUGAUCAGGAAAUUUCCCAGGUUGGCUUAAAUGUAACACAAAAAAUAGCAGAGAUAUUUUAUAUCAAACGCAUGAAUACCAUUUUUGCUUUGGGUUUUUUUAGUAGAUAAUGUGAAGCAGGUUAUUUUUAGCAGGUUUUCUAAUAGUUUCUAGUCCAAAGGAGGCAAAACCUUUGACCAGCAAUUGCAGUAACCUUUUGGAGGCUAGAUCUUGAUGGUUUUACACUUUGUGCAGUCCUUUGGUGCUGCAACCCCCAAAUAAACCACAGCCUAUGCAAUAUCUUGGCGGGGGGCGGGGGGGGGGGGAAGUAAGAAAAGAAAAAGGAAAAUAAUUGUAUUCUAUCAGCAAAGUGCUCAAGAUUUCAGGUGGGAUGUUUACAAUGUUGAUAUGGGUUUCUGGUAUAUAUAUGUAAAUAGGCUUGUUAGAUACUGGAGAAAGCAAGCCCCAUUUAAACAGUGUUUUGCAGUAACAAAAAAAUCACAUAUUUUAGUUUCCAGUUCUUCAAAAACAGGAAGAGAAAGAUUGGACUAUUUUUUCUGAUUGGAUAUUUAGUUUUCUCCAUGUAAUGACACUUGGUGAGUGAUCUUGUUCCCUUCUAGUCUGGGAGAUGUUUGCGGUCCCCUUAAACGGGGGGGUUGCAGCUCCCAGUACAGUGAGAAAAGCACUCUGCCCAUCGUACAGUAAUCACACAUAAACCCUUCUGUCCCCAUAUUCCCUGUUUGCUUGAUAGUCACGUGCCAUUUACAGUAGGAUAUAACUUCUGACAUUAUCCUUGUGUUGUGGAAGGGACACAUGGAAAUAGAGAGUGUGAAAGCCCCAAACUAUUUUAUUACUUUUUUUCUUUUUCCAAGAACCCCAAAAAUGCUUUUGUCUAGAAGUAAUAAUUUCCAUGUUUAAAGAGCCACAGUUUACUAUUUAUGCUCUAAUUCCUGAGGGAAUCUGGCAUUUUCUUGAUUUGUUGUGAGCUAAUGUACAGAGUAUGUUGACACUCAUCUCUGAAAAUCAUCUGCCUCCUCCAGCAGAAAGACGGUGUUCAAUGCAAUGUGGCAAGACAUGCAUGAGAAGUGAGUUGCAAGAAUCUGCUAGGAGAAAGGGAUCCUAUGAUGCUUUUGGCAGCAUUUUGAACUGCCUUCCUCUAUGAGUGAAAGCUUUACAGAAAGCUGGAGAAAUGGUUGUGUCACCAGUGGCCUCCCCUGGGACCUUGUGCAGGGUGCUGGCUCUCGUAGCAAGUGACAGUCACAUUCUGGCAGCAAAUGGUUCCCAGGGCAGAUGUAAUUUCAGAAUGCAUUUGUUAGCAAUGCAAGGGUAGUUGUUCAACAGUUUGCACCCUGACAUCAUGUGUGAAUGUCUCUCUGCAUCAUUAUCAAGUUAAUCCAAGAUCGUGAUUGCUCAGGACCUUUUGAGUGGAUGUGUUUGGGUCUUUUACCCUUAGCAUACUCCUGUUAGAAGUUCUUAAGAUACCGAUGGUCUGAAUUUGGAAGGAAGUUAAGUCUGUAAAUGUUCAGAUAGAUGCUUCUAAAAGUACCAUUUGUCAUCUAAGGAAAUUCUGUACCCAACUUCCUUUUUGUGCUCUCCAUACUGGACAUUAAGUUCAUUUGUUUUCAUUAGAAAGUUCUGAAUUUCUGUCUGCUUUUUAGAUACCAUUUUUUUUCUGAAAUCAUGGCCCUGUCUUUCUUUCUUACUUCAGAAAUUCCCCAGAAAGUAGAAUGUAGUGUGGAGAAGCCAAGGACCUUGCCAAACUGAGCAUCAGUCAGGGGUAUAGCCCAUGAGGACUGCCCAGCCUGUGUCCCAGUCUGGGUGUGUUUGCACCCAGUGCCGUGCCCAUGCUGCUGAGCUGUGAGCUGAGUAGGUGUGGGGUAGCUGUCAGUUUGGGUUACUUGGCAGCCUGAGCAGUACCAGCUUUGAGUGGGACUUGGGAUCUUGGAGAAUUUUGACAGUUUUCAAACAAAUCUUAGGCACUUUUGAAAAUUUUGCCAUAAGUAUAAUGCAGCGAAAUGUUUAUGAUUGGUCCCAGGUGUUAAUGAUGUGUUAGUGCAAAGUCUCAUUAGUUACCUGGCACAUCCUGCUUGCUCUGUGUGAUGUGAUCCUGUGCUGGGGAUGGCUUUGCUGUUGAUGAAGAUUGUUGUGGGUCUGAGUCCACCCUCUCACUGACUCCAUAGGCAUGGUGAGAUGUGUCGGUCAGCGUGAGCCUGGGCAGCCCAGCCAACCCAAGGCCUGGGGCUGCGAUCCAGAGAAGGCACAAGAUUCAUGACCAGCAAAUAACCCAAGGGAGAUGCAGCAGCUGAUUCAAGUGUGGGAGAGGCAAUGCAGAUGUGAUGUGGUUCAUUCUAGAGCUGAGCCAUCUGGUAGACAUAGUGUUCAAUAGGUUGGGAAGGCAGCAGUGACAGUCUGUAGCUUUUCUUUCUCUGAAGAGGCUUUUGACUGUUGGAAAAUCUGUAAUUUAUAAAAAAGUAUAAUAUUUGCUGUUACUUUUGCAAGUACUGUUACAGUUAAGAUGUUCCAUCAUUACGUGUUUAAGGAAGAAAGGUUUUGAUUUAAGGAUGUGUAUGAGAAUUUCUUGAGCAUCCCACAGCCUCUCAUGGGUGGAAGAUUAGAUUGGGGCACAUGCCCAGAGCAGAGAAUGUGCCUCUCCCAGGUCUGUUGCAGGCACCACGGCUGGAAGGCAGGUGUGAAGCCUGCUCUUUCCAGUCUUAGGCCUGGAUGUUGGCCUGAACACUUGUGUAUUCCUCAGCUGGCAGCACAGCGCUGGUGUAAUUACUCCUCAAGUUGAUGGGGUUGUAGACAUACAGGGAGAAAGUCAAACUGACAAUCCAUAGGAAAGAGAAAAGGAAAUUGUAUUCCAGUAUGAAACAGACGUUAUGCAACACACUUAAUUUUCCUUUUCUUUCAAAAUCAAAUGUAAUCCCACUGAAAUAAAGUAACCAUGGAGUUUCUGGGGUUUUAAUUACUGUUUGAUGUUCGGCAUGAGUCAAAAUGGUGGCAGCGUUAAAGGGAAGUUAGUUGUUCCCAUUAACUAGGGUGGAGGAAUUUUUUUCCCCCCAGUAUUUUUAGGUAAAUCAACAAAUAAGAGUGUCUAGGCUUCCUGAAGAAACUGCAUGUUCAACUAUUUUUGAAUAGUUGGGGCAAUAAUUGAAAUUAGGUGACAGCUGUCUUAAGCAACAUUGGAAGAGCUAGCAAAAAACUAUUAUUGGAUUCAAACUUUGAAUUAGAGCAACAUAGCACCAGUACUUUUGAGAGCAACUUAGUAUGACAAAUCUUUCUUUGAAUUUCAUCACUUUCAUCUAGCAAAACAACAUUCCUCUGGAGGUAAAUCAAAGCAGGGUUUUAGCUCCUGCUGUGGUAGUUAUUGAAUCCCAGUGUUGGAGGGAGCACUGCAAGAGUUAUCCUCCAUUUACAUCCAAAUUAUGAUUUAUUCAGAGGCCAUUAAUGGGAUUUUCCUGGCAGGCAGGUGUUCUCUUGAUGAAAAAUACAUCGUGCCUCCUCACAGGAUGCAGAUGUCACCUGUGUGAGCACCCACCUGAAUUCUUAGGACGAUACAAGCUCCUUGGGAGCCUGCAGGCAGAAGUCUGUGGGUGUAUUUCUGCAGAGUCCAUUUUCACAAUGACAAAAGGGGGAAAAAGCUCGAGCUAGUUAACAAUAUUUUUUUGAUAAAUCUGAAACAACAAUAAGCAUUGUGCAGUUUGAAAGCUUGCCGACGUCACUUGAGGUGUAUGCAAAGAUUUCCCCAAGUGCUUGUACAUGUAAGACUAUUUUUUCUGGAAGGCGAUGAGUUCAGGUAAAACCAAGUGUCCUUGGCUGUGGUCCGUUGUGCUGAGGGAUAUAAGAAACCAGGAAGAUUUUUUGACUGAAGUGUUUUAUUCUCCCCCAUUAAAGAAAAUUUUGCAUGGUGCUAGAGGAGGUAAAAAAAAAAAAAAAAAAGUAUUUCAGUUGAGCUUUUUAGUUGUCUAGUCCAUGCUAGUUGUUUCUUACUUACAAAGCCAUGCUUGUCAUAUGUCCGAGGUGUGGAAAUGAAACAACAGAUGAGACUUGUUCUUCUGUGGGUGGCAUAUAGGAACUGCGUGCAACAAGGAGCACCACUGAAAUCUGCAGGUGGAAUGUGGUGUAUCCCAGCAGUGAAUUAGAUGGAGAAACCCAAAUAUUUCUGUUUUCUGUCCCUAUGAAAGCAUAAGAGCAGGUGUAAAGGAUUUUGCCACAGCUGCGGACCGUGUAUCCUUUUAUGACUGAAUUCUCUUGUCCUGAUUAAAAAAACAUAGAAGUCAGAUCAAAUAAGCAAAACAGCGUGUGCUGUGGCCCUGGCAAGGCAGGCAUGUGUUAGCUUGCUUUUCCUCCAGCUCACAGAGGGAGCUGGGCUUGCACCAUUGGCCUGCAAAUGGCAUGGAGUCCCAGUGGCACCGCAUGGGGGGAGGAACAGGUGGGAGGUAAAGAAUAAGUGCCAAAUUUCGGAGGGGUGUUGCCAAAGUAGCUGGAGAAAUACCUUAGAGUAAUGCAGUCCAACUCCAUACCCGCCUCGCCAUGGUUUGCUCACAGCGAUAGCCCCAAGGCAGCGGCUUCGAUGCUCUGGUUUUCAAUGCCGUCUUCCUUUACCACAGUGAACAGUAACAAACAAUUAAUGUGAGUUAGCAAUUGCUCUUUGCUUUUAAAUAUUUAUUUAAAGGAGAUAAGAGUUUGGGGGGGUUUGUUGAUGAGGUGGUUUUUUUUCUCUACUGACCCUGGUCGUUUUGCACCCACGCUUUCAUAAAAAGAAGGAAAACAAGGUCUGUAAUCUGAUCAGAGAGAAAAAGGUAGGGGUCUGCCAUGUGUACAUACUACUGUAGGUAGAAAGGCCGUUUUCUGUUAAAGCUAUCUUUCCUUUUCAAAAUUCCUGUCUGAUUCUGACACAUGAUGAAAUUCUGUAUUUGAAUGCAAAAUUUUCAUUUUUAGAUAUUUGUAAACCUUAAUACACUACUGCGGACGGUAUCCUAAAAGAUCAAAGACAGUGUUAAUAACUGCUAUGUGGUGUUGAUGAUAUUUUUAAUAUUUCAACCAUGUCAGAAUACAUUGGGUCAUCAAUUUUCUAAAGUCAUCUUUUCUUGAGUAAUCGAUAUAAGAAGUUUGCAUGAUGGAAAGUAAUUUAAGUUCACUUUUCAAAAAGAUGUGAUUCAUACUGUAGCUUCUGUUUGUUUAACAAAUUAACAUUUUCACUGAUGGGUGGCAGUUUUUUUUUCUUUUUAGUGCUUUUGAUAGAAAAACAUCUGGGACAUUUUCCAACAGAAACACAUUUUGUAACCUUUGCUUCCAGUUGUGGAACUAGUACCUUCCAAAAAUAAUUGUUUUCCAGUACGUUUUGGCCAUCUGGGUAACAAUAUGCAAGUAUGUAUUAUGCAUACAAGAUAUGAUUUUAAAAAAAAAUAAUCCCAUUUUGGUGAAAGUAACCAAGAAAUGUAUCAAGCAAGAUCAAAACCCUUUCUGAAUGAAAAUUUUGGAUGCGUCAAUAUAAUUGAAGCACUUGACUCCCCCACCAGAUUUUGGGGCCAAAUCAUACAGAUUUUGUAUGUUCAAAUUCACAAAAUGCCAGUCAAAGUUUUUUUACUUCAGCAAGCACCGAGGAAUUUGGUCGCUUUGCAUCCUAUCCUGUGAGGUUUCACUCCUGGCCUGGGACCUCAGGGAAGUGUGCCUCAGACAGAAUUAUUUUAUGACGCUCAUUUAGACUCAGCUGUAGUAGCAUGUUUCCUCAAAUCAUCUGUGUACUUCAAAUUUAAUCCCUCCUUUAUUUUUUUCACUUCAGAAGCUGAGAGAAAGGGUGGGGGAAUGUAAUUUUAUAUGGCUCUAUUUGAAAAGGGUUUUGUGUACCUUUAUAAUUCUUUGAAGCAAUAUUUUAAAAAACAACUGCCAGCCAAAGUGGCAACGCAGAAAAGUGCCAUCUUGUUUAGGAUUUGUACACACCAGUUUUUAACACAGUGUUCUUUUCACUAAGUACUACAUAUGUUAAUUUAUAUUUAUAUAUUGUCAAUAUUGUUGUAAUCAAGCUUCUCCUUUCUAAACACUUCAGGAACAAGGCCUUGUAUUUUUAGGUGAUUUUCAUAAACAGAGUAAUUCUUUUCCAUUCACUAGUAUCUUGCACUCGAUACAUGUAGCAAUACUUAAUAUAUUCUCUUCACAAGUAUUUGUUAAGUGAUUUAGUUAAUGGCUGAUAAAUGUUUUGUACAAAAUAGAUUCUGUACAGGAAAAAAAAUCUUUUAGAUAAACAUUAUUUAUUUUUACUGUUUUGUAAGUUAGACACUAUAAUGAAGCUCCUUUUUGCCAGAAUUACUGGAAGUGCCUCUUGGUAAAAUGUAUUAUACAGUAAAUAUGUAUUCAGAAUUAUUAGAAAUACUUGUCACAAAAUGAACAAUGUGGAUGUUGCAAUGUGAAGACAAAUGUACAACAUAAAUAUAAUUCUGUGGUAUCCUGUU